GCCAAAAUUACUGAUACUGUAACAACAGUAGUAAAAUCAAUUGUGCUGGAGUUCACCAAGUCACAAAUUUUAGUUGCAGAUAACUUGGACAAAAAACUGUAUUUUUCAGAAGGAUAUGAAGAAAUGGUUAAAAAAAUUGUCAUCUUAAUUUACGAAAAAAUAUUAGAAGAAUAUAAGUCUCUGAUUCAUACUUAUAGGGCAAUACAAAGUGAUGCCAUUGGCUUUGGGAAGAAAAUAUAUUAUUUGCUGUUAGGUGAAAUUUAUGAUUAUCAGGUGGAGUCAUUAGUUUCAGGAGAAUUAAUAACAUCCUAUUCCUCUCUCCAAGAAGAGACAAUCAUCAGAAAUAUACUUGAUACCAUCUAUGACGACAGCCACAGCAUGCCAUCAUGCAUUACAGUAUUGCCUUAUUCCCUUUUAGAAGAUAUUAUCUAUAAGCUUCUAGCAUAUAUCUCCCCUUCGUCUGAGACAGCAACUGAGCUAAAAGAGGAAGAGGUGCCACUAAACUAUGAAUUUGUGAAUGCAGCUUCAAAACUGAUUGAUGAAAUUAUAACAGAAAUUUCUGAACAUGAAAUUAGACUUGCCACCACUGAAGAGCAUGCAGAAAGUAUGCAAUCAGAGGCGAUCGAGAGCCUUAUUGACUCUGUAUGUAACAAUAUUACGAAAAAUAAGAAAUUCCAGGCUGAAGCACCAAAAGAUGUGUACAAAAAAGGAGACUCAUUGCUCAGGAGAAUAGCUGGUUUCAUUAUGAAGGAAAUUAUGGAUCACCAUUUGCGGCCAUUUUUAUGUGAUGAAGAAUCCUCUUCCAAAUACCUAUCUGAAAAAGACCAGGCCACUGAACUCUCAAUUCCUGCUAAAGAAAAAACAGUAUCUUUACCACAGGCUUCUGUGUAUUCCGCCACAUUUUUAGAAGAUGUCCUCAUUGAUCUUGUCCGCAAGUUUUGUACUCUCCCAAGUGUCACUGAAAAUCGUAAGGACAAAGAACUAUCAGAACAAGACCUUAUAGGCAUAGCUAUAAAUUUUGCAAAUGCCUUGAUAGAGGAAUUUAGGGAAAAUGAAAUUAAAGUUUUAGCACACGCUGAAGAAACAUUUUCUUUGCCACCAGUAAAUGAAGAGAUAGUUGGUAAGAUAUCUGAUUCUGUGUAUGCCGAGGUCAUGGAAAUAUAUGGAUCUGGAAAUGUUCAGAAAAGCGAUAGGAGUAGCUUUGUUACAAACACGAUUGCUGCUCUAGUCAAGAAGGCCAUGUCUGCUUUCAGCAUUCAACCACUUUUUUCAGGAGAUUGGUCUUCUACCUUUUUUUCGUUUUAAGAGAUGGAUAACAUCAUACAAAGAGUUCGACACCUACCGUAUGAAAUGUUUAUUAAGAUGAACAGAAGCUUAAAGGAGAGCCCAGUUUCUUCAUUAGGACAGUCAGCUUUUUCAGGCCUACAAAACAAAAUGGACAGAGGAGCAUUUAAUAAGAAAGGUGAUUUCAAAAAGGCGGAGACAUCAGUGACGGAGGGUGGCAUCCAUGAGCCUAUAUGUACUGCUGUAACUAGCAUGAUGAAGGGCCAAGUAACUACCCUAGCAUCAGGAUUAGCUGGAGAUACGGCAAAUAAAAAGAAAGGGGACCAAAAAAAUAAGGGGAGUUCGACAAGGGAAGAUAAUGCAAAGAUAUCAAAAGUUACUCCAACAACAACCAGCGUGAGAAGUAAGGAUACUCAGGAGCACGCAGCACCUACAGUGAAUGAAAUUCAGAGGAAAGACAGUUCAGCUAGAAAAUAUACAAAAGGACAAGGUAAUAAGACACAUCAUCAACAUUUUUUGCCAGCUACUAAUGAUGCAAAGAACAAGAAGGCUGGGCUGGAAUUAGAUUUUAAAACCCAAGCUAAGAAAAAGAGUGAGGAAAAAAGGGUGAAUUCAUUAGAAAAAGAAGGUGUACCUUUUAAAUUACCUCCUCUGAAAUCCAAGGUGAAAACUAGAGAGACCCGAGGAGCUUCUCUAGCUUACAGUGUUACAAAUGGCAAACAAAUCUUGCAUCCUAAACAUUUGCAAGACGUCAGCAAAGGCAUUUGGAGCAAUGCAUUAGGAAUAUCUUCUUUUCAAGGGCCAAUAGGUGAUUCAACAUCCCAAAGUCCCCUAAAUGAUAAAGUGGCCUGUGUUACUAAGGGGGACAGCAAGGCUUCUCUAACAGAUUUCACUAGCCAUACUGCUCCUGCGUUGGAAGAAAAAGAUGAAAACGGUAAAAAUAAGGAGGCUAACAGUACACCCAGUGAACCAGAUGGCCCUCAGAACCAACCAGAAAAUAACCCUGGGAUUUUGCCUUCUGGCUUACUAGAAGAUAUUAUCUCUGGAAUAGUCGACAAGUUGAUUUUUUCUCCAUCGGAAGACACAGACGAUGGAUGUGGAAAUGUAGCCAGUAGUAUAAAUCAAAACCAGCUCUGUGAUGCAGCUAUGAAACUGAUUGAUUCCCUGUUAAGGGAGUUUUCCAAUGCUCAGAUUAAAGGAUUAAACCAAAAUCAGGGAAAUCAGCCCUCCUCACCUGCAGAUAAAGCUUCGUCAGUUCAUAAAGGACCGCUCAGGCAGAAAGAACCAUCUGUGGAUAAAGCACCAUCAGAGAUAAAAAUGAUAAUUAGGGAUAAAAUACCAUCCAUGCAUAAAAUGCCACCUGCAAGUAAAACACCUUCUUCAGAUGGUAUACCUUUAAGAGCUAAAACGCCAUCAAUUGAUAAAGCAUGGGUCAAUAAGGUUGUUCACUCCUCUGUAUGCAAUAUUUUGCAGGAAUAUAGAUCUCAAGAUUCUGUCUGUAACGACAUCAAUAGUAACAGUGAGCAUUUAGCAAAAAGGCUAGCCAAUGCAGUAAUAGAAGAAAUUUUUCAGCAUCAGCUUAACUGGAUACUCUACAAUGAAGUUCCCAUUUCAGUAGUACCUUUGCCUUUAGAAUCUAAUGAGUUCAUUAAAAAGUUCCGAAAGGUGCCCAGAACAGCCUGCAAAGAAUGUCAGACAUCAUGGCCAUACACCAUAAUUCUGCCUCGUGAAUUUUUAGAGAGUAUAAUUUCUUCUCUUCUGUCAAAAAUUUUCUCCACGGUAGCGAACACUAAAAUGGAAUUAUCUGACGGUGAUUUGUACACGCAGCUGGAUUUCUUCCAAAUGAAGUUAGUAAGUACAGUUAUGACAGAGCUCUCCAAAGAUGAGCGGAUGUCUAUACAGUAUAUAGAAUCCUUACAUCCUAAUGAUGAUGAAAUGAUCCAAUUAGUGGUUCAGACUAUUUAUAAUAACCUCUUGGAACAAUUUGAAUCUCAAGAGAGUAUACAGAAUUGUAUCAUCAGGGGUUGCAGAACAAUUACAGAAACCAUCGUCAAUUUAGUUGUACAGGAAGUGGCUGGAAAUCAGCUGCAAAACUAUUUUUCUGGUGAACUUACUCCAUGUCAGUGUACAGAGGUGGACAAUGUUGUUGAAAAUAUCCUUAAAGAUGUUACUCAAACCUCUGGACUUCCCUCGCAUCACCCAUCUCGGACUUUUAAACUACCUUUUAACUUAAUAGAAGAAAUUGCUGUACAUUUUUUAUCAAAGCUCUUAUCCUUCUUUCCAAAAGAUGAUAAGGAGUCAAAUAAGUCUCUAAACAUUGAGAUGCAAGAAAUAGCCUCAAAAAUAUUAAAGUCAUUUCAAGACUAUAUGUAUGAAAGUCAGAUUGAAGUCGUAGCACAGGCCAAAGAACCGCCUACUUCGUUGUUAGCAAAUAGUGCAACUAUUGAAAAAGUGGUUACUUCUGUUUAUAGCACUGUUUUAAAAUACUCGGGCUCACAUAUUUCAAUGUAUAAAGAUUUAAUGGGCAAGAGCAAGGUCCUCUCCGAUAUCAUAGGCUUUUUAAUGGUGAAAGAAAUUUCCAAUUCAGAAUUUCAUCCUCAAAUAGAAGAAGCAGCAGCAUCUAGUUCAGAAUUAAUUCUGGAGACUGUCACAAUUAUGGAAAAGGUGACUAAGCUUAUUGACAACCUUAAAUUGAAAGAAAAUCCUUCAUCCAGAAAAGAUGUCAUGUUAGAUAUCAUGUUUGUAGAGGAAAUACUAGCCUUGUUCUUGGCUAGGUUGGUGAAGUUGCCCAGUGCCUCAAGCAAAUAUGCUAAAAAUGUAUCCAAGCCUGAGUUAAAUAAAAUCGCAUCUCAACUGACAAAAUCUGUGACAGCUGAAAUUUCCAGAAAUAACAUUAAUGUUGUGGCUGCUAAUUCUGAAGAACAUUUUUUAAGCCCAGAAAGUACAGAAAUUAUUCCUCAGAUCGUUGAUUCUGUUUAUAGUCAUAUACUACAACAGUUCGGGACACACAAAGAUCUUUAUUAUGACAUGAAGGGUACAAAUCGCUUCUUCCCUCAUAAGGUGGCUUCUUUGAUUAUUAGUACAAUUUUAAACUGUCCAUUAGAAACAGUUUGCUCAAAAUAUUCACAUGCUGAUCUCUUUGCUGAUGUGGACGUCAGUCGAAUUGUUGAAAAAACACAAGAGCAUGCUGUUAAAAUGGAGCCCAACAUAGGGAAAAAAGAGUUAGAUCAAGAUUUAAAAGAAAAGGAACUUCCAGUUAAAAUAAUUCCUCAUUGUGGAAAACAGCCAGUCAAUAUCGACCCCAACAUUGUGGCAGAACAUUUAGGAGUCAUUUCUAUAAAAACACAAUCUCUUAAGACACUGAAGAUGGAUUGUUUAGCUAAAACUGGACACAGCAUAGAAGCACUGAGACGAGCAGUGAUAAGUGGGAGGAGAUAUGCAACGGAUUUAUCGACCACAGAAGAGAGGAAGAAAGAGAAACGAGUGUCACUGGAUAAAACUGGACGACUAAAUGUCAAGCCAUUAGAGAUAGCAAGUAGGAAUUCUUUUCGGAAUUUACUAAAGCCUGAUAUUACCAAAGUAGAACUCUUGAAAGAUGUCCAGAACAAAAAAGAUCUUAUCAUUCGCUUAGUAGCUCAUGAUAUUGAUCAAGAAGAGUCAGAAAAUAGAGCAGAAGAGGGCUUAACUUCUGAUGAAGAUGAAGUUGUUUUACAAGAGAUUAUAAAAGAAGACUUUUCAGAAAGCCCACUGGAUGGUCAAGUAAAGGAAGAAGACAAGGAGCCCAUGGCAAGCACCGUGGUUGCCCUCAAGCCACCAGCUAACAAAAGCAAUCUGAAAAACUUUUUGUCCCUGGGAAAAUGUUGUAGUCCCAGGUCCAGUGAAACUGUAAAAAGCAUUGAAGCAUCUCCAAAACAGUCGACAGAACCUGAGGAAGCACAACAAAAACGAAUCGUUUCUGUAUCCGAUGUUACUACCUCGAAAUCCUCAACUGAUACAGACUCUUCCCUUUGGAAGAAAAAGAGACAGUCUAGUGUAGAAGAAAUAAAAUCACCUACAGAGCCGUCACUUUUUUUCCUGCACAAACUUAUGAGUGCAUCCUCCUACAAUGAAGAUGACUUGCCUUCACUUUCCAGUAAUGACUGUCCUCCAGAUCCAAGUGCCAAAAUAACAGAAGAGAGUCUGGCAGAUCUAGAUCUGGAGCACUCAGAGAGUGUAAAGUUUACUACCCUCUUUCAACGGGGAAGUGCUCUCAACCAUGCACGCUCUUCGCAUGACAACAUUCCAGGUACAAAAUAUGCCAACAAACCCAGCACAUCCAAGCAGGGAUCUCAAAUAAUGAAGAAGAUGUCUGCAGUUCUGUCUAAGGUGUUUUCAAAAUCUAACGCCAACCUUCCCGAGUCUUCCUCACCCCCACCACAACUCCCUCACAGAGACACAGACGAAAACUGUUAGGUCUGACAGAAAUAAGCAGCUGACCAUCUCUAAAAAAAUAAAUGAUUUUG